GAUAUUCAGAAUAUGUUAGCCAGUGCAUUGGUCUAACAAAUGCAUUGGUCCUAUUUUUAUGAAAAAAUAACAUGCCAGCUGGAAUUGCUGCUGCUAUGGUAUUAGGUUCAGUGUGCAUCUGAUAAGAAUUCUUCUUAUUUUACCUCAUCUGUAAUUUCCCACCCAAUUUCUGGUCCAGUAAGUGCUGUCCCUAAUAGCAGGCAUUACCUUGUGCUAAAAUGAUGGUGUAGGAAACUUUGAUCACCUCCAAAUUCAGUGAACUCAAGAUACCAAUUUUUUAAUGUCUCCAAGUGACACCUGAAAAACAUUACAAUGCAACUUUCCCGAAGGUAGUUCACUUUUAGGUUCUGUCUCUUAGUCGAAUUCAUUUGAAAGUACUGUCUCAUAUGUGAACUAAAAUACAGAAGGGAGUGAGCCCUUGAUUUUUGCCUGGAGGAGCAUACUAUUGUAUUUUAUGAUGUGAAAGGAAAAAACUUAGUUCAGGAUGUGUACAUAUGCAUGUUUCACAGAGUCAUUACAAUUUUCUAUCUUCUUGUUUGCUGUGCUCUUGAAAUAUGUAUUUCUCUAGAUUCAGUUAUGGCAACUGACAGGUGCGUAGUUCUUGAUGGCAGUUCGCUUCUUUCCUGUACUUUUUAUUGUACAUGUAUCACUUGAAAAACAAGUAAUCAGGCAGUCAUCUUCUAGAUGCUAGAUGACCUGCUAGAUGCUAUAACCUGUGUAAAAACCUGCCCAAUGGGCUGCACUGAGCUGCUCUGUCUCAUGUUUUCUUCCUGAAAUCAUCCUACUGUAAACAAGGAACUUUAACUGACACAAGAAAAUAUACAGAGAUAAACAAAAGAAAAGAAGCACCUGUUUCCUGGAGGGGAAGGAUUGGAGACACAUGAGCAAAAGGCUUAUCUUGUGUAAAUCUGUAGGCCACAGUGUGAAACUCAAUUUAUAAUGAAAGUUUGGCAUACAGUUCUCCAUUGAAUAAGGAAACUGUCAGCAAUGAUGCACUCUGGUAAUGCUUACUAGAGCUGAACAGUAUAUAUAUAAGUCCGUGCAAAAGAGGCAGCUAGGCAGAUCUCAGGAUCCUCAAGGCUUUCCAUAGUUCCAGAAGAGAGAGUAGCCACUCCAACUGCUACAUAUCACUUCAAAGAAUAAAAAGGCAAUGAAAAUGAAAAGUGUUUAUUUUGUUGCUGGGCUCCUUUUAAUGAUAGUUCAAGGCAGCUGGCAAAAUCCUCUUCAGGAUACAGAGGAGAAAUCAAGAUCAUUCAAAGCUUCCCAGUCUGAACCAUUAGAUGAAUCUAGACAACUGAAUGAAGUGAAACGUCAUUCACAAGGUACAUUCACCAGUGAUUACAGCAAGUACUUGGACACCAGACGAGCUCAGGAUUUUGUGCAGUGGUUAAUGAGCACUAAAAGAAAUGGCCAACAAGGACAGGAGGACAAAGAGAAUGAAAAAUUCCCGGACCAGUUCUCAAGCAAUGCGAUCUCCAAGCGUCAUGCUGAAUUUGAGAGACAUGCUGAGGGCACCUACACCAGUGAUAUCACCUCUUAUUUGGAAGGUCAAGCUGCCAAAGAAUUCAUUGCUUGGUUAGUGAAUGGACGAGGAAGAAGAGAUUUCCCAGAAAAAACUCUUGUAGCUGAAGAAAUGGGCCGAAGAUACGCAGAUGGCACUUUCACAAGUGAUAUCAACAAAAUCCUGGAUGACAUGGCUGCCAAAGAGUUCCUAAAAUGGCUGAUUAACACAAAAGUUACCCAAAGGGAUCUUUUGGAAGAAUACCAGUAAAAAUGCAGAAUAAAAAUGGGAUAAAUGAAGAUCUUCACUGCAUCAACUGCCAGUUAUUAAGAGAUUCUGAAAUCUGUAUUGUCAUUUACAUUGGGUGUAACAAAGCUAUGUCACCUUGCAUGCCCGGAAUUAAUUGUAGUGUUGUUUAGUGUUGCCAAAAGACUACAUAUAUGGAAUACCUGUUGUCUAAGGGAUGGCUAUCUUAAUAGCUUUAAGAAUAUGAAAGUUCCACAUUUUCAUAUUUUCCAUUUAUUACGACUGAAAUAACUCCAUUUAUAUUUACAUAUGAAAUUAUUUUUCUAAAAAGCUGACAUACAAUGAUUCAAUCAUCAAUUAUAUGUGAUAUUUUUAAGGGUCUGGCAGUUGCAAAUGUCUGAGAAGUGAAUAUCCCUGUUGAAACCUUUGUUAUAAAAAGGCUAAGCUUUAAGGAUAUUAAAUGAUAGCCUUAAAUAAAUUUUUUCAAGCUUC